GCCCGAGCCCACGUGUCACAGAUAACAGGAAAUGAGGCUUGAAUGCAACUAGCAUUAGCGAUACAAUGCUAACCCCUUGUUUCGCUGGAAGCUUCUGGAAGGUCGGAAUGACGCAACAGCAACACUUUAACGACACAAAAGGGAGCAAAACGACGCGAGAUCGCUGAUGUUGCCGUCCUCGCAUCCAAUUAGUGGAUGAAGUCGUGUAGGGCGUACAACAUCACUCAGCAGCGCAGUGAGCGGAAUGGAACGCGGCCACACAGAGGAACCCCGACCCCCACUCAAUCGCACACAUUUUGGGGGAGAAUUGGACAUCACAAGCUCAACCCCAACACAGAACUUGAAAAUGAAAUGAUCAAGAAGCAAGAUACAACAUGGAAGCAUCCGCCAGACAGCGGAGGUCGCUGUGAGGAGUUGAUCACGUGACACAAACAAGCCGCCAACCACACCCACUCGUUGGGAGGUCUCCUGAUGUCCCUGAAGGCAGCGUGGGAAACAAGCUAAUGCUGCUCUUACACAAAGGGGGCGGGGGGAUCAUGUGACCAGGCACUCAGCGUGGUGGUUCCGUGUAGAGGAGACCAGGCUUGCUCAGGCUCAGCAGAAAAAGAUGAUGAGGAGAAGAUGGACGGGAGGACACCAGCCAGAGAAGAAACGUUUGAGUUUGCUUCAGCGUACGCAGACCUGCAACCCCACAGUAGGACAUCGCCCGCGUGUGGCCACAUCCCCCCGCCUGACUACCUCGACCCAGACGAGGACCAGGACCUCAUCCAGCCCAGAAAACUGCUGAACCCCGUCAAAAGUUCCAAGAGUCACCAGGAGCUUCACCGAGAGCUGCUGAGUAGCUGCAAGCGGAGCGGCAUCAGCGUGGAGACCAAACCUGAGCUUCAAAGAGUUUUGGAAUCCAGGAAGAGAGAUCAGCAAAUGCGACAGAGGAAACAGGACGAGGACGCUCGCAGGAAGAUUUCUCCUCUGGAGGCAGAACUGAAGAAGAGACACCAGAAACUGGAGGAGAUGGAGCUCCAGCAGGAGAGAGAAGAAGAAGAGAAACUGAAGGCUCCCGAGUUUGUCAAAGUCAAAGAGAACCUGAGACGGACGUCGUUUGCUGGGAAAGAGGAGAAAGAAGUGUAGAAAAGGACUUCCUGGAUUGCACACACAUACACACGAAGUAUGUGAGGUGACGGGGAUGCGAAGAUGCUGAGUGCCGGAUUGGUACAGUGAUGUAUGUUGUUGACAUGAUGGACAAUGAAGGACACGGGACGUGUGGAAGGACACCUCAGGAUGAACGUGUGUCAGAAGUUUCAGAUGGACGCUGUGGACGUUGGGACAAGCAAACAAGCUCUUUGAUACGUGGAGGUGGCUUCCAGUCAAAAACAUUGUGAUGACUAAAUAAGUGUUACUAAUGAUACAUCUGACAGGAUUAUUGUGUCAUUCAUUGAAAAGAAGCAUGCUUAUUACCGCUAUGUUCUUCUGUCAAAAUGAUUAUGCAAUCACAACAGCAUCAAAGUAAUUUGAAGCAUUUGCUUAAUGAUUAAAAUAAUAUUUCUGCGGAGAAGCUUAAUUUCUAUAUGCAGAUAUUCAAAACAAAAUGUUGGAAGCAUGAAUUUGCUUUAAGCAGUCAUACUUAUCUUGUAUAAACGUUUCCUGUUUAACAUAAAACAGAACAGAUGAUUUUAAUAAUGACCACUAGAUGUCACUGUUUCACUCCGCUCGCCAGUCCCUUGACUGAAGACUGGACUAAUCCGGAAGUACUCUUUUGUUUCCCUUAACCUCUAAUGUUGAUACUUUGUGGUCCAUUUCUGACACAAAACAACAGCACAUUUAGCACGUUAACCGUUUUUAUAGACACACGCACA